AUGUCCUCAACAACAUCAACAUCAAUUGCGCACGAGAACUCCUCCUUCGACCACGCUCAAAAUUUAGAGCACCAAAGGCAAAAACAAAAUGGAAACUUCACAAAUCAUGAAAAUGUUUCCUUUAAUAAAACUGUAGUUAAGCAUCAUCUCAUCAACCUCGCCAAUACUUGCAGAGCUACAGAAGAGGCUUAUCCCUUCAUUCUUUCAUUUAACAAAUUAUCAUAUAGUGUCAAAGUUCAUCAAAAAUUGGCAUUUUCAUUUUUGGGAAGGGGCAGACGCGGCUUACAAGAGUGUAACAACAACAAAGUUUUACUAGAUAAUAUUUCGGGUGAAGCACGAGAAGGUGAAAUUAUGGCCAUUCUUGGUGCUAGUGGAUCUGGUAAAUCAACUUUGAUAGAUGCUCUUGCAGGCCGCAUAGGGAAAGAGAGCUUGAAAGGAACCAUAAGUUUGAAUGGAGAAGUGUUGGAGUCUCGACUUUUGAAGGUAAUAUCUGCUUAUGUGAUGCAAGAUGAUCUUUUGUUUCCAAUGUUAACUGUACAAGAGACGCUAAUGUUCUCAGCAGAGUUCAAACUUCCUCGAUAUUUCACGAAGAAAAUGAAACAAGCAAGAAUUCAGGCUCUAAUCGAUCAACUAGGACUACGAAGUGCGGGGAAUACUAUCAUCGGUGAUGAAAAGCAUAGAGGCAUAUCAGGAGGCGAGCGGAGGCGCGUUUCAAUCGGAGUUGAUAUAGUUCACGACCCCAUCCUCUUGUUCCUGGAUGAGCCCAUAUCAGGGCUAGAUUCCACCAGCGCAUUUAUGAUUGUUAAGGUCUUGAAGCGGAUUGCAAAGAGUGGAAGCAUUGUGAUCAUGUCUAUACACCAACCCAGUUACAGAAUUUUGAGCUUACUGGACCGUUCUGUCUUUCUCUCACGUGGACAGACUGUGUACAGCGGAGCAUUAGCUGGUCUUUCCCACUUCUUUACAAACUUCGGGCAUCCACUUCCUGAGAACGAGAACGAAACCGAGUUUGCUCUUGAUUUGAUUCGCGAACUCGAAGAAAUUCCAGGCGGAAUUACCAGCCUCGUUAAUUUCAACAAGGCAUGGCAAACCCUCAUGAAACAUGCAAAUAAGGUCGAUGAUCAACCCAAAGUUUCACUCAAAUAUGCAAUGAAGACAAGCAUUGCGAAAGGGAAACUAGUCUCCGCUGGUACAUCCACAAAUAACUCAAAUCAAACAUCUUCAGUUCAAACCUUUGCUAAUCCUUUUUGGAUUGAAAUUAUCGUCAUUUCCAAAAGAUUGCUUAUUAACUCUAGAAGAAUGCCUGAACUAUUUAAGAUUCGGUUAGGUGUAGUUUUUUUUACAGCAUUUGUCUUGGGCACCCUUUACUGGCGACUCAGCAAUUCCCCACAAGGCACCGAAGGAAGAUUAGGGUUCUUAGCUUCUGCAAUGACCACCAUACUCUACAUUUGUGCGCACGAAAUCCCUGCAUAUCAUCAAGAACGAUACAUUUUCAUAAGAGAAACAGCUUAUAAUGCUUACCGCCACUCAUCCUACGUCCUUGCUCACUCUCUAGUCUCCAUUCCUUCAAUGAUCAUCCUCUCUUCUGCCUUUUCUGCAUCAACCUUUUGGGCGGUUGGUCUUGCUGGCGGGUUCUCCAGAUUCUUCUUCUUCAUCAUCACAAUCUUUGCGACAUUUUGGGCUGGGAGUUCAUUUAUGGCAUUUUUCUCUGGACUCGUCACUAAUUUGAUCGUGGGUUUCACCAGUGUGGCAGCAAUUCUGGGUUACUUUCUAAUCUUUAGUGGAUUCUAUAUCUGUCCUCGCCAAAUACCUUUCUAUUGGAAAUGGUUGCAUUAUGUUUCUCUAGUGAAGUAUCCAUAUGAAGCUGUUUUGCAAAAUGAAUAUAGCGAUACAAGGAAGUGCUUUGCGAAAGGAAUUCAACUUUUUGAUAAUACGCCAUUCGUGGAACUCACUGUGGCCACGAAGAUGAAGCUAUUGGAAAGCAUGAGCAGUGUGUUGGACAAAGAUAAAUUAUCGAGCUCAACCUGUCUGAGCACUGGGGUGCAAAUACUGAAGCAAAUUGGGGCAUCAGAUUUCAAUAAAUGGAAUUGUAUUUUGAUUACUAUUGCCUUUGGAAUCCUAUUUAGGGUUCUGUUUUUUCUCUCUUUGUUGUUUGGAAGCAAGAACAAGAGGAGGUGA